ACUCACAACCCCUCAUCUAAGUUUCAAUAACAAAACUCGUACCGUACGAUGGUAGGAAAAGAGAUAAAGCACGGUGGUGCCUUCCGCAGGGGAUUGGAGCUCACUGGGCCUUAAAUUCGCAAAUGUUGACGUGUCGAAGACCCACGAGCCCCGUCGACAAAUCGAAAGGAAGACCAGACAAAACAGUCAACCUUUUGCAUUAAACGUCGUCCCCAAUACAGUACAAGAAGAAAGAAAAGAAAAAAACCCACACACAAACUCAAAAACUCUUUCAAACAAACCACUUAUUAUUAUGACUUACUAACCCACCACCACCAAAAACGACGAUGAGCUUUUGACCACUACGAUGAUGACUCUUUCUCCUUCUCCUUCUCCUUCUCCGUCGCCGUCACCGUUCACUGGCUUCGAUUGGUGGCGGGCCGGCUCACCGAACCCAAGCCCAAGCCCAGUUCCAGCCCAACCGAGUUCUCAAGCCGUAAUCACCGGCCCAACCUCCGCCAGUACUCUCGACCAAUCAUCAUCGUCCUCGUCGUCGCCACCUCCUUCGAAACUUCCGGUGGACUUCAGCCCGCCUCUGAUCGCGAUGGUGGUGGUGGUCGCCACCGCCUUCCUCAUCGUCACCUACUCCCGCCUAAUCUCCCGCCACGUCAUCCCUCCCUUUCUCCGAAUUCUCCGGCGAUGGAGGCAGCGCCGCCGACGGAGCCGCUCCUACCUUCCGUCCUCCUCCGGCGACCUCGACUCCCUCCCUUACUACGACUCGCCGUUCGACGCCAGCGACGGCUUCCACGUGCUCUCCCCCUACGGCCUUGACGACUCCGUCAUCAAGACCAUCCCUCUCUCCAUCUACACCACCGCCAAAGGCGGCGACGGCUCCGCCUUCCGCCUCGCAAGCCGCGACUGUGCCGUCUGCCUCAUCGAGUUCCAGGACGACGAUUACGUCCGUACGCUCCCCGUCUGCUCCCAUGCCUUCCACGUCGACUGCAUCGACAUGUGGCUCCGCUCCCACGCCAACUGUCCGCUCUGCCGCGCCGGGAUCUUCCGCCCUGAGUCUCCGUUUAUUCCGCUUAUGGCGGCGAGGAUCCGCCCCAGCCUCGACGACGCCGUUUUGAGGAGCAUGGCUCUGGAGCCUCUCGCCGAGGCGAUCGCUCCUACAGCGGCGGCGGCGGCGUCGUCGGCGGAAUCCGCAUCCACAGUUGCGGAGAUCACUCCCUGCGUGGAGACCGAGAUCAGUAAUUAUCGGAAUUCGGAGGAUCGGAUCGCCGGCCGAGAUUUCCUUCUGAAGAGGUCGUACUCAUUCGGAUUCGAGCGGAGCGCGGCCUCGGAGAGGAUGAUGGUGAUGGAGCCGGCGACGGCGUCGCCAUGGCGGUACAGGAGAGGAAGCUUCUGGAGCAAGAGACCAUCGCCGUUCGGUUCCCUGAGCAAACCUAGGGUUUUCUCGUUCCGAUACUACAGAGGGAUGAAGUCGCCGUUCUUCCGCCGGAGCCGGGGUUUCUUCCCGCUAUCGGAGUCGAGCGCGAGAUUCUCCGGUGGCGGAGGAUCGUCUCGCCGAACAAAGUCGAUGACGAGCCCGAUGUUCAUGAGGCCAUCAUCAGUUUCGGCGGCGGCAGCUUUCUCAUCGAGCAGGCUCCGGUGCGGCGAUCCCGAGGCGCUUCUCUCACCGGAAAGGUUUAACCGAAGAUAAAAACGACGUUACAAAAACAGAGCAAAAAUCAGUUUUUUUUAAUUCUCGCGACACGUGGCGUGGAAGGACAGGAUUGGUUAAUCGUGCCGAAAUGGACGGUCGGAGAUAUGGCGGUGAGGGUGAGGGCAGAGAAAGCGUGGGUUGGGACUUGGGAGUAGUAAUGGGGUCGGAAGGCUUUUAAUGGAGAGGGAAGAGUUUUAAUGAGACGGGCUGGCAAUUUGUAGCGGACAUUAAUUGGGUUUUGGAGUGUUUGGAGAAAGGCAUUUAAUGCAUGAAAGUCCAUACUCCAUACAGAGAGCGAAAGUUGCAAAGAACAAGUUUUUUAAAGCUUAAAAAAGAGAGAUAUAUAUAUUGCACACAAACCAAAACCCACUUUUCUGAGAAGAUUAGGAAAAGAAAUAAAUAAAUAAAAAAAAAAAACAAACUUUGAACUUCUUGGAGAGUGAGAAGAAAAGAAGAGAAGCAGAAGUCUCUGAAAUCACAGAAGAGAGCCUGCCUCAUAAAUGCGACAUGGUUGGAUGUUGUUGUCGUUUUGCGUUUUGCAUUUUGCAUCCUCAAAUGUUAAAUGGGGUCUUGUUCUUUUUUUGGCGGGGUUUUAGCUUCUGGGGUUUCUCUAUUAUGACCAUUUUCUUUCUUCACCGACAAAAAAACAAGGAAAAAAAAAAAAACAUUUAGAAGAGGAAAUGGAAUUGGAGUUGGUAAUUGGUGUGUAAUUUGUGUUGUUAUGGCAUGGUGAGUCCAACAUGUGGGGUGGGCAAAAGUGGAGGUACAAAGGGCUUUUAGCAAAGCACGGGGGUUAUUUUAAGUCAGACGUCUGCCAAAUUCCAUUUUCCCCGCAGAAAGGUCCUAAUGUUUUAUAGAUCAGAUCAAGUAUAUUUUGUAUUUACUCGAUUCUUUUUUGGAACACAAAGUUCGAGUUUUGUGGGUGAUUUGAUUAAAUAUCCUUUGCCUUCCUUUUGGCCAUAUUAUGUCUAUGGCCUUUACUGUGGUUUUUUUUUUUUUUUUUUCCUGUUCUCAUUGGGCUAAGCGGGUCAUGUGGUUAUUUUGAUUUUUUAUCAUGUUAUUAUUCGGAGUACAAACUAGCUAGAA